AUGAGUUGCACGCAUAACACUGGCGAGAUUGCACAAAGCCAGCUUGCAAAGUAUGCCGCGCAGACGCGAGAGAGUAAGGCAACGAUAAAAAAACCAUUCCUGCGCCGUGGAGAGUACUACAAGAACCUGUAUGGCGGGCGCGGCAGGGGAGAGGGCUACGGCCGCGGUGCUGGAAGAGGCUCUGCUCCUGCAGACCGUACCGAAUAUGGUGCGAACCGCGGAGUGAAACGACAGCAUGAUGAAAGACAAGGCGACGGCAGCUCAGCCCAGUUGAUCAGUACGCUUACAACACGACUGAAUGGGAAGAGCUAUCCCGCAUAUCGUGACAUCCAGGGACAAUGGGAUUACGCUCACCCUGCUGCGUUUCAAUUAUCCAUAGAUUACGUGCAGAGCGACCCGUUCGCUCCACCGAGCAAGGCUCGUGCCCGAGUGAAACACGCCGUGGCAAAAUUCCCUCCCGACCUGUAUGCGAAUCGUAUUCGACGAAUCGCCCUUUGCGACUUCCUUACCCGCAAAUUGCAUGCGUCUGCAGCCCAGCUAUCGAAGAACAGCCGGAGCAGCAAGAACUGGUCCGCGGCAAAGGGCGGCGAGAUCGCCGUCGAUACGCCCGGCCAGGAGGUGCUCGAGCGAAGCUCGGUCAUCCUAGACGACGAUGGCAUCGAGGCGAGAUUUACCGUCGGCCUCCCUGCGCAAGGCCGGACCAUCCUCGGGGACUGGGCCGCGGACAUCUUCCGCAAUGCAAUACCGACGCUCGCUCGCUCGCUACUGUACACCACGGACAGUACGGAUACUGACGAGCUGCGUGAAUUCGUAGACUGCGUCGAGGACCAAGAUGCACUCCGCGCCCUCAUCCGCUCAGCAGGUCUCGUCGCCUUCGUCGCCAACGAUGCAAUUCUUCCGCGCGCGAGCGGUGCGUCCGACGCGCCCAUGCACACUCCUCCCGCCGUGCCUUUCCAGUCCCCGCCUAACCUCGAACGCACGUUCACACUGCCACAUCGCGGCACAGUCAGAGGGAUGGCGGUCCCAGCGGGAGUCACGAUGAUCGCUGGGGGCGGGUUCCAUGGAAAAUCGACGCUGUUGGAUGCGCUCGCGGUCGGGUGUUACAAUCACAUCUCCGGAGAUGGCCGAGAGUUCGUGGUGACCUCGGAUCGAUGCGUGUCCGUACAAGGCGAGGAUGGCCGCCCAAUUAUUUGCGUCGACAUCUCGCCUUUCAUCAACAAUCUCCCAGGAGGCGCCUCUACUACCGCUUUCUCUACACAGGACGCGAGCGGGAGCACGUCCAUGGCCGCAGGCGUGAUCGAGGCACUGGAGCUAGGAACGGACCUCCUGCUAUUCGACGAGGACAGCUGCGCGACCAACUUCCUCAUUCGAGACCUGCGAAUGCAGCGGCUCAUUCGCGCGAUGCUCAAGGAUCACCGCUGCUCCUCCAUCCUGGUCAUCGGCGGAUGCGGCGACUAUUGCGACGUAGCGGACCUCGUGCUCGAAAUGCGCGACUACUGUUGCUAUGACAUCACCGCGGUCGCUCGACAGGUUGCGCAGGAAAUCCCCUCCGUAGUCUCUCAGUACGAAGUUCGCAGCCGCUUCUUUGAUCCGCGGAGACUGCCAUCGCGCGGAACGAAGACGAUUUCACCCAAACGUACUGCUAUCGAAUCAGGAGACAGCACUCUUGAUUUGGCAGCAGUCAAGCAGCUGGUUCACGACAGCCAGACGCGAACCAUCGCAGUAGCGCUCCAGCUGCUGCACGCUGAGGGUGGAAACCGCUCCAAGCAAGAGCUGAAAGCGACACUGCAAGACCUCAAUGACAGGCUAGAUAAAAUCGGCCUGGACUUGCUCGUGGAAGAUCAUAAAGUUGACGGUUUCCUCGCACGCCCUCGUUUGCUCGAAUUGGGCAUGGCUAUGAACCGUCUCGUGGACAUCAUCCGUCUUGCAGCUGUUGCGGGUCGAAUCUGUGCACAGUAUGGAUGGCCUGCGAUCCUUUUCGUGCAAAUACAAGCUAAUAGUGUCAUCGCCGUGAGCGAACCGAAACAGUGA